CCGGCCACGCGCUUUGACGCGGCCGCCCCACUGCCGCGCCGAUAAAAAAACGCCUGCAGCUCCCAGCCUCCCACUCGGUUGCUCCGCUCGAUCGCUCGAGAGGCAAGAGACGUGCGUGCGUUGUGCGUGCGUGCCUGGCGCGAGAGAGCGCGCACCACAGCAGCCAGCAGGCAGCUACUACCCCCGAGCUCCGCCGCGGCCUGCUUGUCGGUUCGCUUCGCUUUGCUCCAGGUCUCCAGGAGAAGCUACUAGCUAGCGACGGCAUGGCGGGGGGCGGGGGCGGCCGGGACCUGCCGUCGACGCCGACGUGGGCGGUAGCGGUCGUGUGCGCCGUCAUCGUGCUCGUCUCCGUCGCCAUGGAGCACGGCCUCCACAAGCUCGGCCACUGGUUCCAUACGAGGCAGAAGAAGGCCAUGCGGGAGGCGCUGGAGAAGAUCAAAGCAGAGUUGAUGCUGAUGGGCUUCAUCUCGCUGCUCCUCGCCGUGGGGCAGACGCCCAUCUCCAAGAUAUGUAUCCCCACCAAGGCCGGCAACAUCAUGCUGCCGUGCAAGGCGCAGAAAGACGACGACAGCGAGAGCGGCGGCGAUGCCCGCCGGAGGCUCCUCUGGUACUCGCCGUACUCUGGAGAAGAAUACGGCCACCACCGUCGGUUCUUGGCCGGCGCGGCUGCGACAGACGACUACUGCGAUAAACAAGGCAAGGUGUCCCUCAUCUCCACGAACGGUGUCCACCAGCUGCACAUCUUCAUCUUUGUGCUUGCGGUGUUCCAUAUCUCUUACAGCGUCGCCACCAUGGCGUUAGGGCGUCUGAAAAUGAGAAAAUGGAAGAAAUGGGAAUUGGAGACCAACUCGGUGGAAUAUCAAUUCGCAAACGAUCCUUCACGAUUCCGAUUCACGCACCAAACAUCGUUCGUGAAGCGGCACCUGGGCCUCUCGAGCACUCCUGGAGUCAGAUGGAUUGUGGGAUUCUUCAGGCAGUUCUUCGCGUCGGUGACCAAGGUGGAUUACCUGACCAUGCGGCAAGGAUUCAUCAAUUAUCAUCUGUCGCCCAACGCUAAGUUCAAUUUCCAACAGUACAUCAAGCGGUCCUUGGAGGACGACUUCAAAGUCGUCGUUGGCAUAAGUCUCCCGCUGUGGUUCGUCGCCAUCUUCAUCCUCCUCCUCGAUAUCGAAGGACUCGGCACGCUUAUCUGGAUCUCUUUUGUCCCGCUCGUUAUACUCUUGUUGGUUGGGACCAAGCUGGAGGUUGUCAUCAUGGAGAUGGCCAACGAGAUACAGGACAAGGCGACGGUGAUCAAGGGGGCGCCUGCGGUGGAGCCAAGUGACAGGUUCUUCUGGUUCAACCGCCCUCGCUGGGUCCUCUUCCUCAUCCACCUCACGCUCUUCCAGAACGCCUUCCAGAUGGCGCAUUUCGUGUGGACACUGCUCACCCCAGACUUGAAGAAAUGCUACCAUGAGCAGAUGGGCCUGACCAUCAUGAAAGUUGUAGUGGGUGUGGCUCUUCAGGUCCUCUGCAGCUACAUCACCUUCCCGCUCUACGCGCUCGUCACACAGAUGGGGUCUCACAUGAAGAAGACCAUCUUCGAGGAGCAGACGGCCAAGGCGGUGAUGAAGUGGCGCAAGACGGCCAAGGACAAUGUGAAGCAGCGGGAGGCGAAAGGUUACCUCGACGGGCUGAUGAGCGCCGACACGACGCCGAGCCACAGCCGCGCCACGUCGCCGAGCCGGGGCAACUCGCCGGUGCACCUGCUCCACAAGUACAAGGGCCGGUCGGAGGAGCCGCAGAGCGCCCCGACGUCUCCGGGAAGGGGUCGGGGGCAGGAGCUCGGGGACAUGUACCCGGUGGCCGACCACCAGCGGCUGCACAGGCUUGACCCAGAGAGGAAGAGGGCGGCCUCGUCCACCGCCAUCGACAUUGACAUCGCUGAUGCCGAUUUUUCGUUUAGCACGCGGUGAUUUUGAACGAAUUUUGUGCAGCAUGUUUUGUAUUUAUUUACUUUUGUAUAGGGAAAAACAUAGAUGAAAAAUACAACGACACGUUAGGGAAGUUUCGUUUAUUCAUCAUAAAAUAGAAUAUGCAAUAGAGUGGGUAGCUUUGUGCAACAUACCCUCUCUGAACAAACGUGCAAACAAGCAUUUUAAAGUAAUAAUAAACCUCCCAACUCUCUAUGGAAAA